AUGACGUCCCUCACGAUGCCUCCUAUGCCACAAUUGAGCAAUGAGUUCAUCACUGAUGGCACAGAUACAGCCAUUUAUACGGGAAAGAUGAUCCCGAAUCUUUUUUGCGGAAAACAGCGAGCGGCAGCAACGUUAAACUGCACCUCUGCAGAAAACUGUAAAUGCGUACCUGCUGGAACGAAAGUUCGAUGUGAAUUUCCUCCUUCGGACGUAGCAGGAGAGUUCAGUCACAUCGAACUUGAACUACCCGUAGAACGUCUUUCUUGGGAACUAAAAAAGGGCAAGGAUGCCGCACCUACAGCUAAAAUUCCGAACCUUGUAUCUUCGGAAACUUUGGAAAUUUUGUAA